AUGUUGGUGCCCGUGUGCCCGUGUGCCCGUGUGCCCGUGUGCCCGUGUGCCGCCUGUGUGCCCGUGUGCCCGUGUGCCCGUGUGCCCGUGUGCCCGUGUGCCCGUGUGCCGCCUGUGUGCCCGUGUGCCGCCUGUGUGCCCGUGUGCCCGUGUGCCCGUGUGCCCGUGUGCCCGUGUGCCCGUGUGCCGCCUGUGUGCCCGUGUGCCCGUGUGCCCGUGUGCCCGUGUGCCCGUGUGCCCGUGUGCCGCCUGUGUGCCCGUGUGCCGCCUGUGUGCCCGUGUGCCCGUGUGCCCGUGUGCCCGUGUGCCCGUGUGCCCGUGUGCCCGUGUGCCGCCUGUGUGCCCGUGUGCCGCCUGUGUGCCCGUGUGCCCGUGUGCCCGUGUGCCCGUGUGCCCGUGUGCCCGUGUGCCGCCUGUGUGCCCGUGUGCCCGUGUGCCCGUGUGCCCGUGUGCCCGUGUGCCCGUGUGCCGCCUGUGUGCCCGUGUGCCGCCUGUGUGCCCGUGUGCCCGUGUGCCCGUGUGCCCGUGUGCCCGUGUGCCCGUGUGCCCGUGUGCCCGUGUGUCCGUGUGCCCGUGUGCCCGUGUGCCCGUGUGCCCGUGUGUCCGUGUGCCCGUGUGCCCGUGUGCCCGUGUGCCCGUGUGCCCGUGUGCCCGUGUGCCCGUGUGCCCGUGUGCCCGUGUGCCGCCUGUGUGCCCGUGUGCCGCCUGUGUGCCCGUGUGCCCGUGUGCCCGUGUGCCCGUGUGCCCGUGUGCCCGUGUGCCCGUGUGCCCGUGUGUCCGUGUGCCCGUGUGCCCGUGUGCCCGUGUGCCCGUGUGUCCGUGUGCCCGUGUGCCCGUGUGUCCGUGUGCCCGUGUGCCCGUGUGCCCGUGUGCCCGUGUGCCCGUGUGCCCGUGUGCCGGCGUCAGCGCCCGACGACUUUGUAA